AUGGCCCCCGCGACCAAGAACAAGAAGUCUGCCGGCGUAUCGCGUUCGUACACGGUCCUUCGAAAGUCGACGCUAGACCCGAAAAAGAAAGUUUCGAGCCAGGGGACAUCACGUACAACCACCAAAACCGGUGCGCACCUGGCAGCGAGAGUGGCUCUCAGGAAGCGCACGCGACCAUCCAGAAUCUACCUGUACCGCAAGAAGAAAAUUGUCACGUUCUCCAUCAAGUACACGAAAAACAAAGACGGUAAGGUCAAGGCGUCUGCCAAGCAGAUUCGUUCGGUGACGGCGAAGCGCAAGAAAACGUCUUCCACCAAAAAAUCCACCAAGAAGAAGAGGAAGACAACGAAGCGUAAGACCACAAGACGUACGACCACGAAGCGUGGCACCCCGACGGCCGCCGCGAUCAAGAAGAAGAUUCUUAGGCUGUCGCAAAUGUUGUAG